ACCAUGAUGGUUUUGUGCCUGAGGCUGCUGUUGCUCCUCCCCCUGGUUUGCUGUGUCCCCUCCCCCUCCCGCCCCCCCUCCAGACUCUGCAGACGCUGCUGCGACCACAUCGAGCCGUCGCCGGCCACCGGCCAGUACCAGAUCCCCGAGGUCCGCACGGUCAUCAACAUGACCAUCCUCAAAGGGGACAAAGGAGACAGAGGAGAUAAAGGGACACCUGGGAAGCCCGGUCUGGAGGGCACGGCCGGCUGGCGAGGACCCUCGGGCCCUAAGGGCAGCAAAGGCCAGGCGGGCUCCCCCGGGGACGCCUGCAAGAUCCCUCACUCCUCCUUCUCCGUGGGCCGCCGGAAGGCCCUGCACAGCGUGGACUACUACCAGGCGCUGGUGUUCGACACCGUGUUCGUCAACCUGGACGAGCACUUCAACAUGUUCAAGGGCAAGUUCUACUGCUACGUGCCGGGGGUGUUCCUGUUCAACAUCAACAUCCACACCUGGAACUUCAAGGAGACCUACCUGCACCUGAUGCACAACGACAAGGAGCAGGUGAUCCUGUACGCGCAGCCCAGCGAGCGGUCCAUCAUGCAGAGUCAGAGCGUGAUGCUGAACCUGGCGCUGAACGACGAGGUGUGGGUGCGACUCUACAAGCGGGAGCGGGAGAACGCCGUGUACAGCGACGACGUGGAUGUUUACAUCACCUUCAACGGAUACCUGGUGGCGCCGAGCCUCCAGUGAGAACCUGGGAACAACGAGCGGAUCGGCACAAAGCUCGGGGUCGGAUUGUUUACUUUUUUUGGCCGUGGAUUCCACUUUGUCCCAAGACAGAAGAACUUUACAGGACGUUAGAAGUUUGGUGCUUUUUUCCUCUCUGCCUGGAAAUGAACAAACUGAAACGUGGACUUCCCAUAAAACAUAUUAGAAUCAAAAAGGAGCAAUAAUUAAGAGGAAAGGUAACGAAGCACACGAUUAGGAAAGAAUGUUGAGUCACUUCCUUUGUGCCAGAAAUACAAUUUUGUACAAAGCCCACAAUGUUUCCCUCUUCUGUGCUGAGCUGCUUCUCCUCUCACUUCAGGGACUUUGUGUUAAAGUUCUCUCACUUGUCAGGAAUCCUAAAAUCUGUGCAAUCGUUUUCAUAUUGGUGCUGAGAUGAGCAGUGAGAUUGAAAUGUGUUUUCAGAGGCUGCUGUCGAACAUUCAGCACGUUUCCUCGGUGCCUUUCAGAAGAACAGUUUAAAGGGUCAGUUCAGACGUCCUCACUUCUCCUCACUUCUCCAGACAGAGUGUGACCAAGCAAAUAGUUUAAAUUAAUGUUUCAUGAUCAUUUUAUCUACUGCAGGAGAUUUUAAAAACGUUUCCCUCACAGGCCCACGACCUCAGAGGCUUGUAAACGAGCUAAUUGGAUGGAGUGUGAUGUCAGAUCCAGUUGAAUUAUUUCUAUAAAUUCGUAUUUGAAACAUCUAAGACAUUAAUGUGGUUUCAAUGACUUUACAUUUCUCCUUAUGAUAUUUCGGCCCUUGUGUGUUUUGAGCAUCAGAUGCAACGUUUACCUCUAGAACCUGUUCUCUGUCAUGAUGUUCUCGUUUGUCCACCACGAGCAGAAGGUUUAUUUUUAACAGGGUGAUGGUCCCAUUGGUCUCGAUGCCGGAGUUUGUGCUGAGUCCUAUCUGCCUGAUGAAGACAGUAAAAUCUUUAUGGAUGGUCACCAACCACCGACCAGGGUACAGACCAAAUGACGUUAGAACAACCGAGCAUUGAUUCAGGUGAAAUUGAUCAGUAAGAGAGAGAGUUAGAUCAUCUGGGUGAGAGACCAGGUCGACUCUAUGAAGAGCUUUCACAUAAGCAUGAUUCAUUUCUGGUGUCUGUAAUUGGAGGAAAUGGUCGAGCUGUGUGUUUACGCUUUUCAAAAAUGUAACCGCUCAAAGGAAGUGAACAAACAAAUACAGAUUCUUCCUCUGCCCACAAACCAGGUUAAAACAUUUACAGUCAGACGAUGCUGAUCCUGAAUCUCAAACAAAAUCCCUGAUCUAUGAAACUAAAAAAACAAUUUGACAUUGAGACCGUUUUUGAAAGAUGCCUUAAAAGAACUUGUGCCAUUUCUUGAACUGACCCUUUAAACGUGAACAUUUCCUAACAUAUCAAACAAUAAUAAAAACAACAUGGUGCUUUAUUAUCAGAUGCAGGAAUGCAUUCUGGUUCUUGAUGAUGAAAUGUCAUGUAUUGUCACAGUCUGCAGAGCCGUGUAUGUAAAUAUAUGUAUAAUAGCUCAUAUCUGUGCGAACACUUAAUGCUGUUUGGGCUGGACUGUGUGUGUUUGUGUUUUUUAUUUCUCCUUCUUUGUUGUUCUGCAUCACUCAACAUCCUCCAGACACUUGAUCAGAAGAAAUUAAAGGUUUUCAUCAUUUUCCAGAGAACUCAGACGCCUGUUUCUGCCAAUCACACGUCACACGUCACAUG